ACUCUCUAAAAUUUGUAGAUUUUGCACAAUUAUGCUCUCUAAAAUUACUGUUAGGCCCUACAAUGGUGGGUCUAGGGUUGUUUUGAGAUUUUAUUUGUUGGGUUUUGAUGGGAAAUUUGUGAAUGUACCUCAGGUUGUUUGUAGUCAAAAUGGGGUUAGUUUUGAUAGGAAAUUGGGUGUGAUUGUUGGUGUAAGUCAUUGGAUGAAGGUUAUGAUUUCUAGGUCAAUUAAUUAUUUGGCUUUAUACUCAGCUUUAGGGGGGAAAGUAUGGGUUUUUGGGGUGAAAUUGAUUGGGGAUGGGAGGAGUUUGAGGUUAGUGAAGUGUGCUGUGAUUGAUUGUAGAUUCCAAAUUUCGUCGAUUUGCCUUUCGUUUGGGUUUUUUAUCUUGGGGGAGAUGAGAGGGGUUCGGGUUUUUCCAUUGCGUGUAUUGGUGAAAGGGAAGGUUGGGAGUAAAAGGAGGUUAACAGUUGCGAGAGGGAAGGGUGAGAAUUCGAAUGCUGAGGAGCGGGAGGUUAGUGUGAAAGCCGAGGGGCGGAAUUCCACUAUGCCGAAUGGGGAUUUUACAGACCACUCAGGUACUGCAAGUACUGACCCUUUAGCAGCAGCAGCAGGUUCAGACUUUCUAAAAGGGUAUAGUUUCUUCGCAGCAGCAACAAUUAGUUAUGUUACAUCAUUAAGCACUAAUCCAAUACCGCCUUUGGACUGUGGAAGUGUGUACAAAACCUCUUCAAAACCGUCGUCUUUCCAGUACACUUUAGGCUUAUACGAGGUAACGUGUGCAUUUGAUAGUUGCAGCUUUAAUGUAUCAGUGGCAGUAUAUGAUGAGUAUUUUAAGCAAGUUCCUCAUACAUAUUCUCAACAAAUGAUUGACGAGCUUAGGGAAAGGUGGAUUUCAUAUGUUACUGGAUACCAUCAACCAAAUGACGACGACGAUGAUUUAUGUGAAUUGUAGAUCAAUAUGGUAUUGGUAUAUUUUG